UUUGGUCAUAUCACCAGUAAUUUUGUUGUCUUUCUGUAUUAUAUUUUCGUUUCAGAGUAUCUUUUGAGCGUUUUGUUUAGCAAAGUUUAUCGCAUCCAACUCUUAUUAUACCGAGUUCUGGCAACUGGUGUCAAGAUGAUGAGUAGCGUUAGUGUUGUGGUGUUCGCCGCACUGAUGAAUAUAGCGCCCGUGGAAGCGAGUUUCGGCUUCGGUGGUUGCCCAAGCCAGGCUGUGGUGGACCCGUUCAUUGAAACUACGUUCAUGGGGACAUGGUACGAGUUCGGUAAGUCCGCCAGCCUUGGCAUGCUGUUCUCGCGCUGCCCGAAGAUCGCCUACGCAGCGGGAGCGAACGGUCUUAUCAACGUCACCGAAGACUGGAUAACGUGGUUUUCUAAAGGAUGCAAAACGGGUCAGAUGAAAAAGGCUAACCCAUCAAAAAGCGAAGGCAAAUACUCCAUCAGCUUCUGGGCAGGCGCUUACAAUGGAAAAGAAAAUAACGUCACAGCGGCCAACUACAACAUCCUUAACACCGACUACUCAAACUAUGCCAUCAUCUGGGACUGCUUCAACGCCUUUUUAUUCCACACUGUGAGCGUUCGAGUGAUCACGAGAGAGCGUGUGCCGCCACAAGCCAUCAUCGACACGAUCUACAAAGAUUUCGACUCCCGUAAAAUCAGCAGGUUCGGCUUCGUUCAAAGAAACCAACAAAACUGCAACGAUUAAAGUCUUUCUCUGUUACAAAGUGGCGACAGUAAAAUAAUCUUAUGUGACCUAGUAUCUCUGUAAUUCCACCAGGCUACAAUGUAAAAAAAAAACAAAAAGCGUUGCAUCAAUUCGAGUUCCGCACGUGUAAGCAAAAAGAGUUCAGCCAGACUUUAAAUUUUUCCAAAAAAAUUUUUACGAUUAUAAAAUUCCCAAUUAGUUUUUAACAACAGUUCCGCUAGCCGCGGGAUUUGCACGUCUAUUAAUAUGUUGUGUUCACCUUAUGUUAUUCGUGUUUGCUUAUGGUAGACAAUCGGUUAGUAGUUUACUUAUCGUAUCGGGUUAUAGAGAUGAAUAAUUUACCUGUACUGACAUGAAUAGAGAGAUAUUAAAAUCACUUGGCUGCUUAAAUCGCAAAUUUACCAGGAAUUUGA